AUGGCGCCGAAGGCAGCGAUUCCGGGGUUGUUUUUUGUGCUUUUUCUGGGUUUUUUCUCUUUUUUUUCAGUUGCAGAUGACUUAACGAUCACUGGAUGGCUGGAGUUCGCCGGCGGGCGGCCUACAGUGCCCGCUGGCUCGACGUAUCGUGUUGAAUUGCAAGACAUCUCUCUCAUGGAUGCACCGAGCGAGCAGGAGGAGCGGCACCAGCAGCAGCAGCAGCAGCAGCUGCAGCAGCAGCAACAGCAGCAGCAGCAGCAACACUUGUUUCGCGCUGCAUCAAACGCUCAUCUCCCGCAAAUCCACUGCGCUUCAUUGUUUACAGCAGCUGCAGCAGUAGCAGCAACAGCAGUAUACGUAGCAGCAGCAGCAGCAGCAGCUACUGCUGCAACAGAUGCUGGAAUAGCAGCGCAUGCAGCAGCAGCAGCAGCAACAGCAGCAGCAGCAGCAAACAAUUUACAAAGAGCCAACGCCGAUGUAGCUCAGUCGGUAGAGCGCGAGGCUCUUAACCUCGUGGUCGCGGUCGUCACUGCAGCAAGCGAAAAACGAUCCUCAGUCUACCACUGGGAACAGCAGCAGCAGCAGCAGCAACAGCAGCAGCAGCAGCAGCAAAAGCAGCAGCAGCAGCAGCAAAGCAGAAGUAGCAGCAACAAAAGCAGCAGCAAUAGCAACAGAAAAAGCAACAGCAGCAAAAGCAGCAGCAGCAGCAGCAGCAGCAAAAGCAAAGAGGUCGUCACUGCAGCAAACGAAAAACGGCCCUCACUCUACUACUGGGGACAGCAGCAGCAGCAGCAGCAGCAGCAGCAAAAGCAGCAGCAGCAGCAGAAGCAAAGCAGAAGUAGCAGCAACAAAAGCAGCAGCAAUAGCAACAGCAACAGCAACAGCAGCAAAAGCAGCAGCAGCAGCAGCAGCAGCAGCAAAAGCAAAGAGGUAGCGGCAGCCGUCUACACGCUGUCUGUACACAGCGUGAGCAACAGAGAACACGCCGAAGCUACAGUAGACGAUGCAGCAGCAAACAUCCUUCAGCUGCUGCUGUUGCUGCUGCAGUUGCUGCUGCAGUUGCUGCAGCAGCAGCAGUUGCUGCAGCAGCAGCAGGAAUUGCUGCUGAAGCCUUUUGCAGCAGCUACGGUGCAGCUGAGGCGCGGAGAGGUGUACACACAGCCAGACAUGUAG